AUGUUUAUGUCGUUGAACGCUUCAAUUCAUGGCGGUGAGGCUCCUCUUGGUGCUGCCUUUCAAGACGUUGACCCUUUUGAUCAUGAUGCCCUCUUAUUUGUCAAGAAAGACUUGGGCAUCCAAGGUCAUCGCCAUCCUCCAGGAAGUCCAUGCAAUUCGGCCGGAGUAUUCUGCGAACAGAGAUUCACCAACAAUUUAUCUGUGUUUAGAGUUACGCGUCUGGUCUUUGAGUCCCAAAAUCUCAAAGGAAGACUUUCUUCUGCAGUUGGGAACCUCUCCGUCUCCCAUAAUUCAUUCUCAAAUCCAUUAAAUUCUCACAAAGAAAAUUCAGAAUCAGCUGGGAUAGUGCACUUUACAGAUGAACCUGCACAAGUGUCUCAGAAUGAAAAUGAGGGUGAAGGUGUAAGGAUAAAUGAUGAAUGUUCUGAUAUGAAUCAGAUACAGGAGAUGGAACAAAAUGAUAUUCAUGUUGAUGGUCACUCUGAAGUCUCAGGAGAUGGUAAUGAUUUGAGAAAUGAGUCUGUAAUGCCAGAAGAUGAUCAGAUAAAUGAACUGAGAAAUGAACCUUUAAUAUCAGAAGGUGACGUUGACCCUUUUGAUCAUGAUGCCCUCUUAUUUGUCAAGAAAGACUUGGGCAUCCAAGGUCAUCGCCAUCCUCCAGGAAGUCCAUGCAAUUCGGCCGGAGUAUUCUGCGAACAGAGAUUCACCAACAAUUUAUCUGUGUUUAGAGUUACGCGUCUGGUCUUUGAGUCCCAAAAUCUCAAAGGAAGACUUUCUUCUGCAGUUGGGAACCUCUCCGUGUUAGAGAAGACAACUCUGGGGACUAGNCUCUCCGAGCUGAGAGAGCUUUCGCUUCCAAACAACAAACUGGCUGGCCGAAUCCCGGCUCAAAUUUUUGGUUGCAAAAAACUCGAGAUUCUAAACAUCAGAAACAAUCAAUUUUCCAGCAAUUUUCCAUACGGAUUAUCAUCACUAACCAGCCUUCGUGUUCUUGAUCUCUCAUUUAAUAAGUUCUCUGGGAAUCUGAAAUUCUUGAAGUAUUUCCCCAACCUGGAGAAACUCUCCCUAGCAAAUAAUAUGUUCACAGGAGAAGUACCUUCAUCUUUGAAUCUUUUGGGAAUCUCAGAUUCAUUGACAUAUCUGGCAACUGUUUACUCGAAGGUUCAGUGCCAGUAA